AAAAAAAAAUGAUUAAAAAGCUUCUCAAAUACAGAUUUUCAUAUACCGUUCAUAACCAAUCUUAUAUUCAUGGUAUUUCUGAUAAGCCUUUACAAUAUUAAACAAUAGGCUAAAAACUAAGACAAUAAGCACAUAAUUAUUCUGACCAUCCCGCCUUAAUAUCUCAUCAUUAAAAUUCAACAUUUACAUAUUCCGAUAUUUACUAAGAAAGCGAAAAGUUAGCUGCAGCUUUAAUAAACAUUGGACUUUAGAAAGGUGAUAGAAUCGGUAUAUAUUCCCCAAAUAACUACGAAUGGAUUUUGACCUAAUAUGCAGCUUCAAUAGCCAAUUUAAUUUUAGUAAAUAUAAACCCUAACUAUCAACUACAUGAAUUAGAAUAUUGUCUAUCUAAAGGUAAUAUAAAAUAAAAAUAAAACUAAAAAAAAAAAAGUCGGAAUUCGAGCAUUAGUAACAGCUUCUUAGUUUAAAAAAAUGAACUAUUUGAAAAUGUUAAAUGAAUUAAUUCCCGAACUUGAAACUUCUAAAUCAAAAGAAUUAAAAAAUUCUAAAUUCCCGAAAUUAAAAUACAUAAUUAAAAUAGAAGACUCACCUACCUAAAAUAUGAUUAAUUUUAAAAGCCUAAUGUAAAUUCCUAAAAAAGAAGAUUUUUCUAAAAUAAAUAAAAUUCUCAAAAAUACAAGUCCUGAUGAUAUUACAAAUAUUUAAUUUACUUCAGGCACAACAGGAAGGCCUAAAGGAGCUUCUUUGACACACUUUAAUAUAUUAAAUAAUGGAUAUUAUAUAGCUGAUAGAUUAGGACUAAAUUCAUAAGAUAAAAUAUGCCUUUCAGUCCCUUUGUAUCAUUGUUUUGGUAUGGUAAUAGGAAAUCUAUGUGCUCUUAAUUUUGGAGCAACAAUAGUAAUAAAUUCUGAAGGUUUUAGUGCUUAAAAAACAUUAGAAGCAAUAACAAAAUAUAAAUGUACUACUUUAUAUGGAGUUCCAACAAUGUUUUAUGAAUAUAUCAAGGAAUACGAAGCUUAUCCCCAUUAAUAUAAUAUAAAUAGCUUAAACAAAGGAGUUAUGGCAGGUUCUUUAUGCCCAUAAGUUUUAAUGGAAAAAUUAAAAAAUUAAUGGAAUAUAAAAGACCUAUAAAUAUGCUAUGGAAUGACUGAAACCUCACCUGUUUCUUUUCAAACUUCUAAAACAGAUUCAUUAGAAGAUAGUUGUAGUACAGUAGGUUAAAUACUACCCCAUUUAGAGUCAAAAUUAAUAAAUAAAAAAGGAAAAAUAGUGCCAAGAGGAGAAAUAGGCGAAAUAUAUAUAAGAGGAUAUUCAGUAAUGUAAAAAUAUUGGGAUGAUAUAAAAAAAACUAAUGAAACUAUCGAUAUAAACUCAUGGAUCAAAACAGGAGAUUUAGGAAAAAUGGAUGAAAGAGGAUAUAUGUAAAUUGUAGGAAGGUCUAAAGAUAUCAUAAUAAGAGGAGGGGAAAAUAUAUAUCCAAAGGAAAUUGAAGAAUAUCUUAGAAAGAUUCCUAAAAUUAUGGAUGUAUAAAUUGUUGGUAUACCAAAUAAAAAAUAUGGAGAAGAAAUAUUUUGUUUAAUCAUACUUAAUCCAAAUGUUUAUUUUGAUAAGUAAGAAGUAUAUGAAUUUUGUAAUCGAAAAAUUGCAUAUUUUAAAGUUCCAAAAUAUGUAAAGAUUGUAGAUUAGUUCCCUCUUACUGUUACUGGAAAACCUUAAAAAUUUAUUAUUGUUAAUGAUUUAAUAAAAGAAAUGGAUGGUAACGAACAUAAUCUUCUUAAAUAUUAAAUUAGAGAAUAUUGA